UGGUAAUCUUCUUCAAGAUGACUGCAGUAUAAAUGGGGCUUUUUAUACAAGUACCAUAGGCAAAUGCAAAUUAAAUGGAACAAGAAGACUAGAGACAGUAGUGGCCUGUCAGAACAAUGCAACAUGUGUAAGAACUGGGCAGAAUAUUGAUGACUUCUACUGUUGCUGUCAAGAAGGAUUUAUGGGAGACCGAUGUCAAACAGAAAUUGAUGAAUGUGCAAGUGGUCCUUGUCAGAAUAAUGGAACCUGUAAAGAUCUAUUGAAAAGUUAUGAAUGUGAUUGUUUGAAUGGAUUCAUUGGAGUAAAUUGCCAAUUACAAGUCAAUGAAUCUCAAGCUGUAUGUGACUUAAACAACUGUCAGAAUAAUUCAACUUGUG